CAGCCAGCGGACACCCAGGAAAUGUCAGGCUCCCUGAUACUUUUGAAUGGGUUCCCCUUGACCCGAUUUCUUGCCCGCGGCCCUUGUUUUCCAGGGUGGGCCUGCCAUGGCCUCAGGGCUGCUCCAUGUGCCUUCAAAGGCCUGCACACCAGCAGGAACUCUUGUCGUGGGAAAGUUGCCCCUGUCUUCACCAAGGCGCUGGCCUUUGGAGAGAAAGUAGCCAUUGUGGACCAACAUGGAGAGCAUACCUACAAGGACCUGUACACUCGAAGCCUCCACCUGUCCUGGAGAAUCUGUACGGCGCUCAGGAACGCGACGGGAGACCUGAAGGGUGAACGGAUUUCGUUUCUGUGCCCCAAUGAUGCCUCCUAUGUCAUUGCCCAGUGGGCUUCGUGGAUGAGUGGAGGCAUCGCUGUUCCUCUCUACAGGAAGCAUCCCGUCUCAGAAUUGGAGUAUGUCAUCAAGGAUUCCCAGAGCUGUCUCCUUGUUGCAGAGGAAGAAUAUGUAGAGAGGAUCACGCCUACUGCUGAGAAGCUCAGGGUGCCUUUGCUCUCGCUCCUCAAAUCCGGGAAGUGCAGCCCGACAACAGACAAAUCCUUUUCAGAAACCGGCUCUCCCAUUUCAGAGUGGAAGGACAGAGCGGCCAUGAUCAUCUACACAAGUGGCACAACUGGCAGACCCAAAGGAGUCCUCAGCACCCACCAGAAUGUCCAAGCGGUGAUAACGGGCCUGGUUGACAAAUGGGAAUGGACGAAGGAUGACAUUAUUCUCCACGUGUUGCCUUUACACCACGUCCAUGGGGUGGUCAACAAGCUGCUUUGCCCGCUCUGGGUGGGUGCGACGUGCAUCAUGCUCCCCGAGUUCAGUGCGCAGACGGUUUGGGAGAUGUUCCUGAGCCCCCGAGCGCCCCGGGUCAACCUCUUCAUGGCUGUGCCCACCAUUUAUGCCCUGCUGACUGAGUAUUACCACAAGAACUUCUCUCAGCCUCACGUCCAGGAUUUCAUUCGUGCUGUCUGCCAGGAGAACAUCCGGCUGAUGGUGUCUGGAUCCGCAGCCCUCCCCAUGCCCGUCCUGGAGAGGUGGAAGAGCAUCACCGGGCACACGUUGUUGGAGAGGUACGGGAUGACAGAGAUCGGGAUGGCUCUCUCCAACCCACUGCACGGCCCUCGCAUCCCAGGGUCAGUGGGGACUCCGCUGCCUGGGGUAGAAGUGCGCAUCGCCACGGAAAGUCCUCAAAGGGAUGGCCUUUCCUACACCGUCCAUGCUGAAGGCGAUGAGUUCAGCACAAAGGUGACUCCAGGUUUGGACGGCAAAGAAGGGGAGCUCUUUGUGAAGGGACCUACGGUGUUUCAGGAAUACUGGAACAGACCAAAGGAGACCGAGGAGGCUUUUACACCUGACGGCUGGUUCAAGACAGGUGACACAGCUGUAUACAAGGAAGGGACCUAUUGGAUCAGGGGGCGGACCUCGGUUGACAUCAUCAAAAGCGGCGGCUACAAAGUCAGCGCCCUGGAAGUCGAGCGCCACCUGCUGGCCCACCACAGCAUUGCUGAUGUGGCUGUCAUUGCUGCCCCGGACGUGACGUGGGGUCAGAAAAUCAGUGCCGUGGUAAAGCUCCGUGAAGGGCAGACGCUCUCCCUCAAGGAACUGAAGGAGUGGGCAAGAGAGUCCAUGGCUCCCUACACCAUCCCUUCCGAACUGCUCCUGGUGGAAGAGAUCCCGCGCAACCAAAUGGGCAAAGUGGACAAGAAGCAGCUCGUCAAACAGUUCUACUCCACCUAGAACAGGUUGCUGGAACAGCAACGCGUGGUGGCAACAAGACCCUUCCAUUGGAACGGUGGAAAGUGUG